AUGGAAGACUUCUGGAAAAGAGCGAAGACAUUCGCCGAAGAAGCGGCGAAGCAAUCGCAAACUCUAACUACUUCCUCCGCCACCGCUAGAAUCGCCGAUCUCGUCUCCGAAACCACCAAGAAAUCGAAAGAACUCGCUGCCGAGGCUUCUAAGAAAGCAGAAGAAAUCAAAACCGCUGCUCUCCGUCAGGCUGAUCAGAUCAAGUCCUUCUCGGAUACCAUUUCCAUUCCUCCUCAAAUCUCCGCAAUUGCCGCCGCCGCGGCAACGGCAACCGCAAAUGCCACUUCUACCGCACUGCCUUCUGCUCAUCAGGAACAAGACCUCGAGAGAUUCGGCGUCACCGAUGAUCUCAGAUCCUUUGUCCAGGGCCUCACUUCCACAACCUUCAAACAUUUUCCUGUCAAUUCCGAUGAAUCUGAAUCUGAGGCUUCUGAUGUGCCGACUUCGGCUUCUAAUGUUCGGAAGGAUCUCAAUGAGUUUCAGGAGAAGCAUGCCAAUCUUGUUUUAACUACUGUUAAGGAAAUUUCAAGGUUGAGAUAUGAACUAUGCCCACGUGCUAUGAAGGAAAGACACUUUUGGAGGAUAUAUUUCACACUUGUCAACACUCAUGUGGCUCCUUAUGAGAAGCAAUAUAUGGAAGCACUGAGAGAAGCAGCAAAGCAGAGUGAAGAUCCAAAGGUAGAGCAAACUGAUGUUGGUGAAGGAAGUGGAAAGGCCGAAGUAACAGGGAAGCUUCUAAAGAGUAAAUCUUCUAAUGCAUCCUCUAUUGAGCAAGACUUGGAUACAUUUCUUCUUGGAGAUCUUGAAGACAGUGAUGGAGCUCCAGAUGAUGGUGAGGGAAGCUUUGAUGAUGAUUUUGACAAGAUUGGCAAUUCUGAUGUUGAAGAUGAGAAGCAUGAAAAGAGAACAUCUGCAGCAACAGUUUAG